UUCCAUCCGAGAGAGAGUAAUAGUAUCCAUCAGUCAGUCACCAUUAUCGAGACAGUUUUCUGGCCCAGUCGCAGAAACACUCAUUAAAUACACACAGCUGUAACCUUACUUCCCGCCAUGUGACUCCCCUACCCCACUCAUCCUCCAUAAACUUCCAACAAUUCUCCUUCAAUUCUCAAAAAUCUUAUUAUUAUCCAAAACUUGACCAAUGGUUUCAUCUCUUUGUCUUCACCUUCAAAUCACACUAUGUGUGCUACUACUAUCACUCCCACGCGCCCACGUCGCGGUUGUAGAUCCGGUAACCGAGCUUUCGCUGAAUCUCGCCGGCGGCGAGAUGUACGACGACGUUGACGACAUUGGAAUGGAGGACAGCGGCUAUGACGGGGAUGUGACCGCAGCCGUCGGUCGGAGAUCUUUAUUCUGGCAGAGGAUGAGGUAUUAUAUUUCGUACGGUGCACUUUCGGCCAACAGAGUGCCGUGUCCUCCACGCUCCGGCAGGUCGUAUUAUACUCACGAUUGUUGGAGAGCUAGUGGACCGGUGCGUCCGUACACUAGAGGUUGCUCCGCCAUCACUCGUUGCCGUAGGUGAAACCUGCAUUUCGAUAUAGAUUUGAUACUGUACCGAUUCACUGAAUUGUUAGGUUAGGGUUUGAAAUAUUUUGGAUCUGUGUCUCUAUUUGUUUUGGGGGAUGUGUAUCAACAUAAUUAUUGUUUUGAAAGUUGGGUUACUUUGUUGUUGAUGAAUUAUGUUAUAGUAUGCGUUGUGAUUUGUUUUGUUUUGUAA